GGAAAUUGGACUGAAAAACGAGGAUGGGUGUUCGACAAACGUUUUCAGAACAAAUGGGAAUUCGAAAUCGACCCGGACGCAGAAACUCUCGAAGGUUUAACGCUGCGCGUUGUCGUUUAUUUGGUAAGACACAUGAAUGAGAUCCUAGCAGGAGAAUUUACUAGUGGUAUUGCUGGUGAAAAUGAGGAAGAACCGUUCGUGAUGAAAACAACGAGCAAUGCGAUUGGUUACGAGGGUUUUUGUAUUGAUUUGUUGAUUGAAAUGUCAAGAAUCCUCAAAUUCGAUUUCAAAAUUAUUGAGGUUUUGGACGGCACUUAUGGGAUUGAGGAUGAAACAGGAAAAUGGAAUGGACUUAUCGGAGUGCUUCAAAGGCGUGAGGCUGAUCUGUCGGUUUCAGCUGUCACCAUUACGUAUAGCCGUGCCGAAGUUAUUGGUAAGUGCAUAUGA